AUCUGGGCCAGUCCAAGGCGCCCUAGGAGUAGGAGGACCAUGGAGAAGUUUCCGACGGUGCUGCAGCAGUACCUCAAGCACCACAGCGCGCUGACCUACAGCUUGGUGACCCUGCUGACAGCUGGCGGGGAGCGGAUCUUCUCCGCUGUGGUAUUCUCCUGCCCCUGCAGCGCCACCUGGAACCUGCCCUACGGCCUGGUCUUCCUGCUGGUGCCGGCGCUCGCGCUGUUUCUCCUAGGUUUUAUGCUGAGCGCGCGCACGUGGCGCCUGCUCACCGGCUGUUGCGCGCCAGGCGCCAGAAAGGGCUGCGGCGGAGGGCAGCGUGGCGCCCUGGUGUGCGUGCACCUGAGUGCCGCCGCCGCGCUCGCGCCCCUCACCUGGGUGGCCGUGGCGUUGCUCGGGGGUGCUUUCUACGAGUGCGCAGCCAGCGGCAGCACAGCCUUUGCGCGGCUUCUGUGCCAGGGCCGUGACCCCAGCUGCGAGGCCCAGCUGCCGCUGGUGCCUUGCAAUCAAGCCAAGCUGUCGGACAUGCAGGGCCUUCUCAAAGAGCUCAAGGCUCAGUCGCAGGUGUUAGGCUGGAUCCUGAUAGCAGCUGUUAUCCUCUUCAUUCUGAUUUUUACAUCUGUCACCCAAUGCCUAUCUCCAGUUAGUUUUCUGCAGCAGAAAUUCUGGAAAAUCUAUUUGGAACAGGAGCAGCAGAUCUUUAAAACUCAAGCCACAGAGCAUGCAACUGAACUGGCAAAAGAGAAUAUUACAUGUUUCUUUGAGUGCUCACAUCCAAAGGAAUGUAACACCCCAAGCAUUAAAGACUGGCAGCAGAUUUCAUCACUGUAUACUUUCAAUCCAAAGGACCAGUACUACAGCAUAUUGCAUAAAUAUGUUAACAGAAAAGAGAAGAAUCUCAGUAUCAGAUCCUCAGAAGGAGAUGCCCUGGUUCCUGUUCUUGGCUUUGUAGAUUCAUCUGGUAUAAAUUCCACUGCUGAGAUAUAACCUUAAAAAUGAAUAGAAAAA